AUGAAAACACCUUUAUUUAUAAUUAGAAAAUAUCAUCAGAAAUCUCGAAACAGUAAGGCGAAUAGUUUAUUAGAACAACCGAGUAGUAUACUUUGUACGAAUGAUAUUAUCAAAAAGCGUCCUGCUACUACCACUAAUACUAGCACUGAUAUGACCUCUACUUAUGACACUACAACGUCUAGUACUCGUCUAAAGAAUACUUGGGUGAAUACAAUGAACCAGUAUGAAUACAACAUAAAGUCAAGAUUAUCAGCAGUGACUAAAUCUUAUCAUGGAGAUCAUCAUCAACAAAAUUCUAAGUAUAUUAAUGAAAUACAAAGUACAAUUAAUUUAAAAUCAAUUAAGCAUCAUAAAACUCUACAUUAUAAUAGUAAUUUAAUCACACUUUGUCAUCUUGAUAUGAAUGAUAAUAAUGUGAUCAAUAUAAAUCAAUCUCAAUAUCCUAAUUCAUCGAUUAUUCUACCGUGUAUUUAUGUCGAAGUAUCAUUAUAUCGUGAUUUAGAUUAUGUUGCAUCACCGAUCUACUUAAAUCAUAUGGAAGCACGUUUAAUAUUUACAUUACUUGAAAGGAAACUACGUGAAGCAGUAACUAAUAAUUCUUUAACAGAAAAGUUGAAUGAGAUUAAUACAAGUCUAGGGAAUUCUUCAAAAUGCAUCAAAGAUAAUAAAGGCGAUGAAGAUAAUGAUAUGUCUUCCUUUAAUGAUAUUGAUAAUGUAAAUGUAAUAUAUACAAGAAAUGAGAAAGGAAGUUUAGAAAAACGAAUUAUAAAAAAUUAUGGUGAUGAUAUCAACCAUCCAAUUACUUAUUAUAAUCGAUCAAUUAGUACACAAACAUGUUUACAUUUAUUUCCUAAAACUAAGCAUACUAACAGUACAGAUGUAAAAGUACUUUCAACUUAUCAAAAAAUAUUCAACGGUUCCUAUGUAUUCACAUCUGGACCAAAACAUGUUAAACCACCAAAACAAUGGUGGGAUCAUAUAAAUAAAGUUAAAGUUCAACCAGAAUUUCGUUGUGUAACAGCAUGGAAAUUAGAACAAUUAGAUUUAAUUGUUGGCGGUUUAAUUAACUAUGAACAUCAUUUACAAUUAAUAGUUAGCUCAAAUAAUGGUAAAAUUGGUAUUGUUUAUGCACAGGCCUUAUCAUUACUUAUGGAUAUAAUACAAAAAGGUAUUGGAUAUUUAUCAAGUCCAGCGGUGAAUUCAAAAUCUUUAAAAUGCAAAUCUGAUGGACGUGGUAUAAGCUUUAGAAUUUAUUUAAUAUCACCUGAAUUAAUAAGACUUUUAGCCUCAAACAUUGAAGAUAUGUCAUACACAGUUGGGUUAAACAAUUUACAAUUAGGUAUAUGUUUAUUAAUAAAGCCAUUCAAUUAUGAGUAUAUUGCAUCAUUGUCUAAUGGAGAUAUAUCUAGUGAUCACAGCGAGGCUGAAAAAUAUCCUGUCUUAUUGUAUACAAAACCAAACAUUGAUUCAAUUGAUCAAGACUACCUGAGACAUAUUACUGAAGGUAUCCGACGCUUGCGUAUCUUAUGCGCGGAAUUAAUGAAUUCAUCUAACCUGCUAGGCUGUUAUGAUGUUAUGGCAGUUGAAAGUCUUAAUUAUCUAGUCAAUUUAUUGAAUCAAUCAAAUUUGGAGACGGAGAAUAAAGUUUCCUUAACUAAAAAGUAUUUAACUAAAUCAUUAAUUGAUGAAUUAAGUGAAAAAGUGACUGAUUUUCACAGUACUCUAGCUCAUUGUAUACGAAUUAAUGCAUAUUAUCCAACUAUGCCAUAUCCUUAUGCUACAGAUCCACAGGUGUACAGUACUUUUGAAAAAUUAUUCAAACCCAUUAUUAUGGAAUACUACUCGAUGAAACAAUUAUAUCAUCCAUUACAAUCAGAUUAUACAUUACCUUGUCAUAAACCAAUCAUAAAUAAUCAUUGUAAAAUUAAAAGUUAUCGUAUACAAUUUACUAGAAAUAUUACUGGAUAUGGAUUUUUACCAAUGUUAUCAUUGAAUGAAUUGAAAACAAUUGAAAAUAUUUGUAAAAAUGUCUUAUUAUCAUGGAAAGAACAAGGCAUAGGCAAAUGGUAUCCACUAGAUGAAUUUCAAGAUAAACAUCCAAGAUUAUAUACAAGUUUAUUAAAAAAGAAUUUAAUUCUAUUAACUAAUGAUCAUAUCAGUCAAAUAACAGGUGCUUAUCGUUAUUGGCCACAAGGUAGAAGUUUAUAUAUUGCACCGAAAUCUUCUACAGACAUUGAUUUAGUAGUGCAGAUUAACGCUAAAGAACAUUUACGCAUAAUCUGUUGUGAUUGGUCUGGUAAAUAUCCUUAUAAAAUGUAUAAAUGUGCAACACAGUUAAUGCAAUGGUUAGAUUCACGCUUAAAUUUUAGUCGGCAUAAAAAUUUAGGCUAUUUAAAUCCAUGUCUAUGGGAUAUUGGUUGUGCUAUGCAAAUAAGUGCUAGAAUAAGAUUGACAAAUUUACACAAAAAUAAAAAAGACUUAACAAAAUUAUGUAAUGAAAAUGAAUUGAAUGUACAAAAUGAUAACUGUAUUUCUAUUGCUACUAAUGCCACAACUAAUUCUAGUGAUAAUAAUAACAGUUAUUAUUAUCAAUGUUGUCAUCUGGUUAAUGACAAGUGUCAAAGAGUUCAUUCUUCUCCUUCACUAAUUUCGUCACUUUCUACUUCAUCAGCUCAUAUUUUACACUUUGAGUCAUGUAAAACAUUGGGUAGAAAUGAAUCACAAGUUAUGUGUUCGUUUUUACGAUCAAUUGAUAAAAUUUGUGAAUAUGACAAUAGAUAUUCGAAUCCACUGAAACUACCUAAAAUAAUGAAGGAUAUAUUUUCAAGUAGAUUUAAAGUGAAGUGA